AUGAGUAAUACGGGAACAGAGAUCUUUGCUUUCCUUUUGUCCAUCUCAGGCUGGAUCUUUGUUGCUGCCACCUUGCCCAUGGAAUACUGGAAGGUAUCCAGCAAUGAUGGCUCAGUCAUCACCACAGGCACCUACUUUUCCAACCUGUGGAAGGACUGCGUAACUGAUACUACGGGCACCUCCAACUGCAAGGACUUCGAAUCUAUGUUGGCUCUGGAUGGUUACCUCCACGUGUGCCGUGCCCUUCUGGUCUCCUCCGUCAUCAUGAGUUUCUUUGGUGCCAUUUUCGCCCUGUUCGGCAUGAAAUGCACAAAGAUCGGCGGGUCCGACAAGACCAAGUCCAAGAUUGCAUUCUUUGCAGGACUAAACUUCUUUGUGUCUGGACUCUGCUCUAUGGCUGGGUUUUCUGUGUACGCUCAUCAAAUAAUGUCUGAGUUUUUUGAUCCAUUCUUUUUUGAUAUAAAGUUUGAACUGGGAGCUGCCCUGUUCAUUGGCUGGUCAGGUUCAGUCGCUAGUAUCAUGGGCGGCUUUGUUUUCUGUUACUCUCUGAUGGACAGCAUCUGCACAAGCCAAGAGGAAUAUUCAUACACUGGCACCAAUCCUCUGCCCACCUCAUACACCAAACACAACUACAAGCAUAACCAUUUCCACAAGGCAACUCCAGACUACAGCUCCACCUCUUUGCAGUUUGGAAAGAAUGCCUACGUGUAG